AGGUUCCGUAGUCGUGCGCUUCACUUACUGUUUUGAUAUCUGGCGGUUGCUGGUAAGAUGGCGGCGACGUUGGAAAGGGUUAGGAUUUCCGCCUCUGAACUCCGGGAUCUGCUUGCUGCUGGGGAGAGUAACAGGAGCCAAGAGAAUAUGAAAGAUUUGAAAGAGCAUAGACAACGGAGAGACAAUAGGCGACCUGAUAUUGAGAUCUACAAACCUGGGCUCUCCAGGCUGAGAAACAAAGGUAAACUUGAUGCAUCUAGUGGUGAGCCAAAUAACAGCAGUGAGAAAAAUGAGGAGCCCUCUGUUCUAAAUGGGAUAAGCUCACCUGUAGAUGCUAAUCAAGAAGAUAUUUUAGCGCAGAAUAGCCCAAUCACUGGUAAUUAUGAAGGACAAGAUCAGAAGAUUAGUAAAAGAAACAAGAAGCCUGACCGACUUAUCUACCAGCCAGGAAGACGCACACAGCCACCUGUGAAAGAAUCUUUAAGUGAAACAGUAGACGAAGAUUGUGUCAGAAUGAUAGGGCAAAUCAAAAUAGAUGAGGGAAAGUUGGAGAAGUGCAUUCUGAGGGAUAUAAAAUCGUUAAAUCAUGGAGUAUCCCAAGAUGAUAGGAAUAAACCAAACAAAAAUGAGAAGACUCGGAGAAGUGAUAAAGAUAAGAGUGUCAAGAUAGUUGAGAAUGUUUCCUUGGAGAAGCCUGGAAAAGAUGAGAAAAAGUCUGGCUCCACCAAACGUUAUUCACAUUCUGACAAACGCAGGACCCGAACUAGAACUUGCAGCACAAGCUCUGCUGGGAGUAACAACAGCAGCGAGGAAGCUCUUUUAAUGGAGGGAAUAAAAAGACGCCAAGACCGUGGAAAGCCGUUUGGAGACCGACGAGAAAAGACACGGAUGAAAAAACGUGUCUCUUUUUCCUCUACUGACUCUUUUGAAGAAGAUAGCAGUGAAUGGUUAGACGGUUCAAAUCAAAACCGAGAACAGGAAAACAAGAGGCAGCAACCCACUGAUAAAGUAUGGAUGGUUAAAGGAGAUAGUGGGAGGAGGAUGAGCAGCAAAGAAAAGAAAGGAGGGGAUGUUCAAAGGGAAUCUACUCCAGAGGGUACCCCUGAUGGUGAACAGGUCAUGAGACAAGGAGAAAAAUCUAGCCAUCAAUAUAAAACAAAUAAAUAUAUAGAAAAAGUGAGAGAAAAGUCUCCUGAACCACGAGGCAGAGGAAGAGGCAUCCUGAUCCUACCAGCCAACACUGACCUGUCCUCUAAUACUGCUGGAACACUUGAAACAAAUCACAGCAGCACAAAGCUUCUUUUUACUUCUGCAAGCAGCAAAAGUGCUCGUGGUCGCGGACGAGGUGGAGUAAACAGACGGUUGUGGGAUCCAAAUAACCCUGAACAAAAGCCAGCUCUUAAGAAUCAGAACCAACAACUGCAUUUUCUAGACACUGAUGAUGAGACUUCACCUUCUUCCCAAGGUGAUUCUUACCAAUCAAUGCCACAGGCCUCUUACUACAAAUUCCAAAACUCUGAUAAUCCAUAUUACUAUGCCCGCCCUUCAUACCCCUAUUCUGGUUUCUCCAUGCCAUAUUCUUUGAGUCCCAGUAAUGUCAUGUACCCAGGGUCAUACUAUCCUGGAUUCCCAUCUCAAGCUGGGCAAUAUUCAUCAGGGUCAUACCCUAGUACCCAAAUGACCCCAGAGGAGAUGGAGCAACAGGUAAGGACUAUGCAGCAACAAGAACUGAAUCGCAUUUUAAGACUUGCAGAUAACCAGGAGCUACAGCUUAGCAACUUGCUCUCUCGGGAUGUUAUAAGCACAGAGGGACUUGGCAAAAUGGCACAACUUAGGUCAGAGCUUCUUCAGCUGUAUGAGCAUUGCCUACUGAUAGAUAUAGAGUUCUGCGAUCAGCACAACGUUGAUCAAAUGCUUUGGAAAGGUGUCUUUUAUCAAGUAAUUGAAAAAUUCCGUCACUUCCUGAAAGAACCUUCAGCUGAAAGUGAAGCCAUCCGCAGAAAACUCCUACAAAUCUUAGAUGAAGGAACAGCUUUCUUUGAUGGUUUGCUUCAGAAACUGCAGAGCACAUAUCAGUUUAAGCUAGAGGAGUAUAUGGAUGGCAUGGCGAUCCGCAGCAAGCCUCUCAGAAAAAUGGUGAAGUUUGCUCUGAUAAGCGCACAGCGUUGCAUGAUUUGCCAAGGUGAUAUUGCCAGAUAUAGAGAACAGGCAGCAGACACAAGCAAUUAUGGUAAAGCCCGCAGUUGGUAUUUGAAAGCUCAACAAAUCGCUCCAAAGAAUGGCCGGCCAUACAAUCAGCUGGCCCUCCUGGCUAUAUAUACAAGACGGAAGCUGGAUGCAGUUUACUACUAUAUGCGUAGCCUUGCUGCCAGCAAUCCUAUUCUUACCGCUAAGGAGAGUCUCAUGAGCUUAUUUGAAGAGACCAAGCGCAAGGCUGAGCUAAUGGAACAGAAGCAGCAGAAGGAUAUGGAUUUCAACUCUCAAGGUCCAAGCAUGGGGACCACAUUUCGACAUCCUACAGAGGAUACCACACGCUUGGAGAUCUGGAUCCAUCCUAAGAGGGGAGAUUCAACCAGGGAAAAUUCUGAGAACUGCAACAUCUUAGAUAGCCUAAGCCCAAGUGAACUGAACAAACGCUUCCUGCUCAGCUUCCUGCAUGCCCAUGGGAAGCUCUUCACCAGGAUUGGGAUGGAAACUUUCUCUGAGGUAGCAGAGAAGUUCCUAAAGGAGUUCCAGGCUUUGCUUCAGCACAGCCCAUCCCCAAUUGGCAACACACGGAUGCUGCAACUCAUGGCCAUUAAUAUGUUUGCUGUGAACAACUCACAAGUUAAAGGUGGCCUUUCUGAAGGUUCCCGAUCUGGGGUACAGGACCAGGCAACCUCUCUUGGUCUUUCAAUGUUUUCUUUACUGGUAACAAGAUGCAUACAGUUGCUGAAAAUGCACACUAAUGGAGGAACUGGCCCUGGAGAAAAAGAAGAUGUGAAAGUUUCUUCCUUUUCACCUGAUUUGAAAGAUCUCUUACCCAGUGUCAAGGUGUGGUCAGACUGGAUGCUGGGUCAUCCGGAAACCUGGAACCCUCCACCGAAUGCAUUACGUACCAACAAAGAGCCUGCAUUAGAUGUGUGGUGGGUGCUUGCAGAGUUCUGUAACACAUUGACCUCUGUGAAUCAUUCUGAGAUUCCCCUUUAUAAAGAUCCUGAUGAUGACCUUUCACUGCUUAUCCUGGAAGAAGACCGGCUCCUUUCUGGCUUUGUCCCACUUCUUGCUGCCCCUCAGGACCCAUGCUACGUGGAGAAGACCUCAGACAAGAUUAUUGCUGCGGAUUGUAAGCGGGUCACAGUCCUGAAAUAUUUCCUGGAAGCAUUGUGCGGACAAGAAGAGCCUCUGCUGGCAUUCAAGGGUGGAAAAUAUGUGUCAGUGGCACCCAUCCCAGACGCCAUAGGAAAGGAAACAGGAAGCCCAGAGGGAAACCAACUGGAAGAUCAGGAUGAUGUAGUGAUUGAAGAGUUUUCAGAAGGUUCUGAGCCAGAAGGCAGCGGGACAGAGCAUGAUAUCCGGGAGCUUCGUGCCAAGAAGCAAACUCUGGCGAGAAAGCUGAAGGAGCAGAAACGUCGCCAAGAUAAAAUUCAGGCUGUCCUAGAUGGAAAGACAAGACUUCUAGAACUGGAAAUAUGCCCUUUAUUCCUUGUGCCUGACACCAAUGGCUUUAUCAACCACCUGCCUGGGCUUGAACUACUGCUUUCCUGUCAGAUCUAUAUUUUGGUCAUCCCUCUGAUAGUUAUCCAUGAGUUGGAUGGGCUUGCUAAAGGACAAGAGUGUGAUCAGCGUAGCUCGGGUCAUGCACGCACACUUCAGGACAAGGCACGGAAAGCAAUCCAGUUCUUGGAGCAAGGAUUUGAGGAGCGUGAACCCUUUUUGAGAGCUCUAACAAGCCGUGGGAAUGAGCUGGAUUCUAUAGCCUUCCGCAGUGAAGACAUUUCUGGGCAAAAGGGGAGCAACGAUGAUGUGAUCCUUUCUUGCUGUCUACAUUAUUGCAAGGAUAGUGCAAAAGAUUUUAUGCCUUCAAGGAAAAAUGAUCCCAUUCGUCUGAGAAGGCAGGUUGUUCUUCUGACUGAUGAUCGCAACCUUAGAAUAAAGGCUCUAACCCGACAUGUGCCAGUGCGAGACAUCCCUGCGUUCCUCAAGUGGGCCAAAGUCGGGUGAGACAACUAGAAAUCAAAAUGGAUAAAUCCUUGCAUACAGCAAAAAUGAGAGAAAAUCCAGCGUGUACCUGAAUGGGCAAGAGGUCGCUACAGUCAGUCCUGACACCUCUCCCAUGCCAAACCACACACACACGCACUCCAGACACCAACCCGCCAGCUGCAAAGACUAAACCAAAAUAUCCCUUCAAGCACCCUCCAUUAUGAGCUUGCUGUGAUGUCUUUAAGUGCAGAGGGUUGGGGGAGUAAGUAAUGAAUGGGUUUGUCAGUGUGAGUUUGGUCUGAUUGAACAGGGAUGAGCAGAUUUUGCAAAAUUACUAUGCAGAACAGUAAGGUGUUGGCGGCUGUUUCAGAGUUUUCUGUUAUUCUCCUGCAUAGCUCCCUCCAUUUAUCUUUAGCCCAUUAACUGCCAGUGAUUCAUUGUUUUCAUUCUCUUGCAGGCCAUACAUCCAUGUCAUGUUCCUUGUUUCUCAGGCCUUUUUGGAGAGUUUAUAUUAUGUUUGUUUCUUUAUUGCUAGUUUGUUUUAGUCUUCAUUUUUUAGUUUUCUAAGCUUUUAUUUUAUUGAGAGAGAGAAGAAUGUUUGACAUAAGGAGCAAGAAAGGAGUCCAGUACCAGCAUUUGCCAGAUUACUAGGACUUAAAGUAAGGUUUUCUUCUUACUGUGUGUUUGAUAAGGGUAGCAGUGAUCUUUUAGGGCUUCCAUCAUUCUCCUUUAAACACCAGGCUAAUGCUUUUUUAUGUUAGUUUACAGAGGGAGAAUAUAUCUUUUGUCAGCUCCCUUAGCUUGAAUAUGUACUUUUUUAUUUCUUUUUAGCAGCCAGUUUUUCCUCACCCUUUAAGUGCAUAAAGAUCUGUUUGUAGGUGUGGCUAAGGAGUAAUGCAGGCAUGAAGCAAUGCCCAGCUUUUAAGAAACAUAGAUUGAUUAUUUUACUCUGUAUGACCGACCUUUGGUGCAGUACACACUGGGCUGUGCAGAUGUUCUCGGCAGGUUUCCCUGGCAGCGGAUGAGCUCAGUGGUUUCUGUCAUUUCUGUCCAAGAAUUGACAUCUGAAAAUCUUAAGUCGUCUUUAGGUCCUGAUGUCAUUCUUUUCCUUAAUACUUCAUAAGAUUAGUCUGUAGGGAUGAAGGCAGAAAGCAUCCAGGUGGGGCUGACUACAUCCUUUCAGAUUUCUUUAUUUGCUCGUCAUUUAACCCUUUUGCACUGCCAAAAGGUCCAGCAGCAUAUUGUUCUGCAGUUGAAUGCUGGCCCCUUUUGGCAGCUAUUGGGGUUGACCUCUUAGAACUAGACUUGCAGUCACAGAAAAAGUUUCAAGCUAGGAACUGGUGCAUUGAGCAUAUUCCUCUAUAAUCACUCUUUAUUCAUUAGCAUAAAAUGAAAGAAACAUCUGCCAGAGAAGGGGUGGUGGUAGCAGCCAAUGUUAUGUUCUCUAGGACCUACACAACCUUUGAGUCACCAUCCAAGGUUAUAGGUAUUGUGUUAAAAUGAACAUUUGCAAUAAUACCUAAAAGGAUGUUUUAUUUUCAGUCUUUAAUAGUACACAACUAUUCUGUGUAUUUGUUAAUAAUUUUAGUGUGCUUUUUUUUUUUUAAUGAGGUAACUAAGGUUGUGUUGCCACAAUAUAUUUGUGGUAUUAAUGCCAUAUGGUGAAGGUGGAGAAGACAACAAUAGUUUCUAAGAGAGAAGCAAAUCAUCAGUAAGAAAUGUUAAUCAACCAUUUCAGAGACAGACUAAUUCUUGGAGAUUUAUUUAGAAUAUAAUGUUUUAUCUGAGAGUUUUCUUUUGCAUGAAGUUUUUGAGUAAUGUGUGUAGGUGAUAGUGUAAGUAGUUGUAUAACUCUGUGAAACACUCAUAUGUGUGUAUUUCUGAUUACCAUCUUUAUAACAGGUUGAAUGACAUACUUUACAGUAUCUGUGUUCUGCCUGUUUCCACAUAAUCCCUAAAUAUUUUAAUGUUUCUUUGUAUUCUACAUUUUGUCCCUGAGUAGUAAUCCUUUUAUCUAAUUUUUAAGUUUUCAGUAUAUUAGAAUAUCUUUAUUGUAUCCAUUUUACACCAAGAUAAAUAUAAUUUUAGUUAUUGGUAUAUUCCUAUGUUUCUCUACAAUCUAUGAAAUUGACUGUCUUGGAAUGUUUUGUCUCUAGAAUUACAGCACACGUGUAUGUUUACUGUGGAUUAUAUUUACUCCUGUGUAUGCUGUUUUCCAUGAAAUGUUUUUCCUUUGUUCUGAAACGUGUUCUCUUCUAUUUUUUUUUAUAUAUUAUGUUGGAUGUGAAAGUGAAAAAAACUCUUAAUAAACUCUUAUUUUUAAAUAUAGAAA